AUGUCUCCGACGGGUCCGCUUGAGGCCGUGGCAAAGCCGCCUGCGUCUUCGGCCUAUGCGCUGGUGGUCGGACGGGUCCGCUGGAACGAGGAAAGGAGCGGUCGUGGUUUGUAUGGAGAAGAAGAAGAUAAGAUAAGAGGAGGGGGCGGGAUCACGAGAAAAAUAAUAAUGGAGGUGGGUACGCCCGAGUCGCAGGUGCCUCUUCAUAUAUUUCAAAACAUACGCCUCAGGCUCAAGCUGGUCUGCCAGUUACAAAUUCAAAAGCUCAAAAAGCGGGUUCGCCCGAGUGUAGCGUGA